AUGAGGAAUUCACCUUGGUCAUACUCAACUAAUUUGCUUGUUCUGAAGCAGUGUCUCCCUGAAGUCCCUGAGCACUGCUAUGAAUUCACUAAGGCAGCUUUCUGGGUACGCAUUGGAGGAGUUCCCCCUGGUUGGAGAAUAGACAAAGUGUUAACUGAUCUAGGCAAAAGGAUGGGAAAUGUACUAGAAGUUCAACUCGACUCAACAAAUAAUGUUCAGAACAGAGGAGGUAGAGUUAGAGUUAAAAUCGAUUUGACUUUACCUUUGAAAUCGGGAGCAAUUCUGGAUAUUGGUAACAAUUGGCUAUGGGUGGAAUUCAAGUACGAGCGUCUCCCACAUUACUGUUUCUCUUGUGGCAGAAUUGGGCACUAUGCAAUUGAUUGUAUUGAAAUUCCAUAUGCAACUUUACCCUGGGCAAUGAACAAAAAAGGGUUAUAUGGACCCUGGUUGAAGGCAGAGACCAGUGAUCACAACCCUUAUUGGGAUGCUUUCUAUGGGAAAAUGGAGGAGGAGUUCGUAGUGGAAGAGACAGUACCUAUUCCACCUACCCAACCUAGUGGAAUGAACUCCAUUGCUCGAGAGGCAGCAUCUGAUAUGCAAAUUGUAGCCUGCAGCAAAAAACGAUCAAAAAGCAGCCCAGAACAGGAUAUAAGCCCGGUAAAUGUACCUAUUGUAGUAGAAGGCGAGAUCGUGGAAAACGAGUGCGGUACGGUGAACGGCAGGAGGCGAGCUGCUGCGGGAUGGGCUGCCGGAGCGACGAGGGUGCGCUCGCGGGUUGCGGGGUGGUCUGCUGGCGUCACUGACGGAGACACGGCAAACCGACUCGGAAUCGGCUGGGUCGCGAGUUGCAGAGACUCAAACAGAAGGUGGGGAAGCAGCGACAGCAGCUCUCGGACUGGCGAGUGGGGCUCGGAUGGAUUCAAGGGUAUGCAGGCGAUUGAACGGAGACAGCGUCGCUGCUGGGCUCCAGGGACGACGCUGGUGCAGAGGCAGGGCGGCUUCGCGGACGAACGGCGACGGGCUGGCGAAGGAAACGCCGGUGCGGUGGUCGGCGUGGAAUCGGGGCUAGGCAACCCACUGACAAUCCAGGAAUUAAGAGCUUUAAUAGCUCUCGAAAGGCCCGGUUUACUUUUCCUCAUGGAGACGAAAAAUAAAGCAACUAUGGUGGAAAAGAUUUGUAAAAAGCUUCAAUUCCAGAACCUCUACUUAGUUAAUCCAACAGGAAUAGCGGGGGGAUUGGCUAUCAUGUGGCAAGAGGAAAUUGCUUUAAAGAUAACCUUUGUCCAUGCAUCUACCGAUUUUGGGGAGCGUAUGACAUUAUGGCAACUGUUGGGAAAUCUUAAGCCUCCAAUUUCUCUUCCAUGGAUUUGUAUGGGAGAUUUUAAUGAGAUGCUGUAUGUAUGGGAGAAAGUUGGAAAAAAAGAAGCGAACAACAGAAGAAUUGCAGCAUUCAGAAACAUGCUUAAUGAUCUAUCCCUAAUGGAUGUAGACAGCCAUGGAUGUGCAUAUACAUGGGCUAAUAACAGGGAGGGGGCAGAUUUGGUCAAAAAGCGACUCAAUAGAGUGCUCUGUACUUUAGAGUGGCGAGUUACCUUUCAUGAAGCAGAAGUCCAGGCCCUUCCAGCUAUCGGAUCAGACCACAGUCCUCUAGUCCUUCGGCGUAUCACCCGGGUAAAGAAGAGGAAGAAACAGUUCAAAUUGGAAGCCUUCUAG